AUGAACGGAGAAGCGAGCGGCAGAAUGAUGGAAGGCCUCAAACACAAGCAGCACAUACCCACUCUGCUGACCUACCUGGUCCGAAAACCACCAAACAAGCCUCCCUCACUCACCCACCCACCUGGGCAGUCAGCUCUAUGUCUUCGGGCCCAACUGGCAGUAACAAUCCCUCAGCGGGUGCUCCUCAUACGACAAAGACCACAAAAACUUGAGGGAGGCGGCGAACAGGCCUACUACAGAGCAGAGGGAGACAAGCCCUAG